AUGUAUUUUUCCUAUGCCGGUUGUUUUCGAUUUGGUGCCUAUCUCAUUGUGAAUGGACAGAUGCUCUUCAGAGAUGUUAUUCUGGUGUUUUCAGCAAUUGUGUUUGGCGCGGUGGCUCUUGGACAUGCUAGCUCCUUUGCUCCAGACUAUGCUAAAGCCAAGCUGUCUGCAGCUCACUUAUUCAUGCUGUUUGAAAGACAACCUUUGAUUGACAGCUACAGUGAAGAAGGCCUACGGCCUAGUAAGUUUGAAGGAAAUGUAACAUUUAAUGAAGUCGUGUUCAACUACCCCACCCGGCCAAACGUGUCCGUGCUUCAGGGGCUGAGCCUGGAGGUGAAGAAGGGCCAGACGCUGGCCCUGGUGGGCAGCAGCGGCUGCGGGAAGAGCACGGUGGUCCAGCUCCUUGAAAGGUUCUACGACCCCUUGACGGGAAAAGUGCUCCUAGAUGGCCAAGAAGCAAAGAAACUCAACAUCCAGUGGCUCAGAGCCCAACUGGGCAUCGUGUCCCAGGAGCCCAUCCUGUUUGACUACAGCAUUGCCGAGAACAUUGCCUACGGAGACAACAGCCGGGUCGUGUCACAGGAAGAGAUUGUGAGUGCAGCCAAAGCGGCCAACAUCCAUUCUUUCAUCGAGACCUUACCCCAGAAAUAUGAAACAAGAGUGGGAGAUAGGGGGACUCAGCUCUCAGGAGGUCAGAAACAGAGGAUCGCAAUUGCCCGCGCCCUCAUCAGACAACCUCGAAUCCUCCUGUUGGAUGAAGCUACAUCAGCUCUGGAUACUGAAAGUGAAAAAGUUGUCCAAGAGGCCCUGGACAAGGCCCGAGAAGGCCGCACCUGCAUUGUGAUCGCACACCGCCUGUCCACCAUCCAGAACGCAGACUUAAUAGCGGUGUUUCAGAACGGCAGCGUCAGGGAGCACGGCACCCACCAGCAGCUGCUGGCGCAGAAAGGCAUCUACUUUUCCAUGGUCAGUGUCCAGGCUGGGACGCAGAACUUAUGAACUCUUGUUAUACACUAAAUCUUAUAAAUAAAUCAUUCUCCAAUUUUU